AUGGAUCGUGUAAACACCACACCUCGUCUCGCGGAGCUCCGCAAGCUGAUGAAGGAGAACAACAUCAGUGCUUACAUCGUGCCUUCUGGUGACAGCCACGCCUCCGAAUAUGCCGCAGACUGCUUCAACCGCAGAGAAUACCUCUCGGGCUUCGACGGAUCUGCUGGAACCGCCGUCGUCAGCGAAGAGGCGGCAGCACUCUCGACCGACGGCCGAUACUUCAACCAGGCUACACAGCAACUGGACGAUAAUUGGAGACUGAUCAAGUUUGGUAUUCCCGACGAGAUCACCUGGCAAGAUUGGGUAGCCGAGCAGUGCAAGGACGGCAAAGCGGCUGGCGUAGACCCUACCCUUAUCACACCCGCUGUUGCGAAGAAACUCACAGAAACGAUCCAGAAGGCCGGCGGUUCUGGGCUGGUAGCAAUCACCGAGAACUUGGUCGACAAGAUUUGGGGCAACGAGCGCCCCACCGCCCCUUCCAACACGGUCUUUAUCCACCCCGACAAGUAUGCUGGGAAGACGGUCAAGGACAAGCUCACCGAUCUCCGCGAGGAAAUCACCAAGAAGAAGGCCACUGGCAUGUACGUUACUGCUCUGGACGAGGUUGCCUGGCUCUUCAACCUGCGUGGUAACGAUGUCGAGUACAACCCGGUUUUCUACUGCUAUGCCUCUGUAACGCAGGAUGAGGCGAUCCUCUAUGUAGAGGAGUCCAAAGCUGACCAGCCGGUCCGCGAGCACCUCGCUGCUAAUGAGGUCAAGAUCAAGCCGUACAGCAGCUUCUUUGCUGAUGUCGAGAAGGCUUCUGGUGGGAAGUACCUGAUUACCGACACCGCCUCGUGGGCCGUCAAGACUGCCAUCGGCGGCGAUGACAAGGCCGAGGAGGUCAAGAGUUCUAUUACCGACGCCAAGUCGGUCAAGAAUGAGGUCGAACUGGAGGGAAUGCGGGCCUGCCACAUUCGUGAUGGCGCUGCCCUGACCUCCUACUAUGCUUGGCUUGAGAACCAGCUCAUUGAGAAGAAGGCUUCCAUUGACGAGGCGCAGGCUGCCGACAAGUUGAUGGAGUUCCGCAAGAAGCAGGAUCUUUUCGUUGGCGAGUCCUUUGCUACCAUUUCCUGCACCGGGCCUAACGCAGCCAUCAUGCAUUACCAUGCCAGACACGGCAAGAGCUCGGUCAUUGAUCCCAACGCUGUCUACCUCUGCGACGCUGGUGCUCAGUACUAUGAUGGCACUACUGACACCACUCGCACCAUGCACUUCGGAACCCCGACCGAGCGCGAAAAGGAGGCAUACACCCGUGUCCUCAAGGGCCUCAUUGCUCUUGACCGCGCCAUCUUCCCCAAGGGCGCUACUGGCUUUGCCCUGGAUGCUUUUGCCAGACAAUUCCUCUGGAACGCCGGCCUCGACUUCCGCCACGGCACUGGUCAUGGUGUUGGUUCGUUCCUCAACGUUCAUGAGGGCCCUAUGGGCAUCGGUGCUCGCCCUGCCUACAGCGAGUUCCCUCUUAAGCCCGGCAACGUCAUCUCAAACGAGCCCGGCUACUAUGAGGACGGCAACUUCGGUAUCCGUAUCGAGAACGUCAUCGUCGUCAAGGAGGUCAAGACGAAGAACAACUUCGGCGGCACACCGUACUACGGAUUUGAAAACGUCACCAUGGUCCCAUACUGCAGUAACAUGAUGGACAAGUCCCUACUGACCCAGGAGGAGAAGGACUGGAUUAAUGCCAAGAACAAGGAGACUUUGGAAAAGACCAAGAGCCUUGUGGCAAACGACGAGCUGGCGCUCGCCUUCCUGCAGCGUAAUACCCAGCCCAUCUAA